AUUAAAUAGAUUAGAUAUGGCUGAUAUUUUAUGCAACUGGCUCAAUAACGAGGUCAAGAUAUCUCGAACCAUUGAUCCCGAUUCAGUGGCAAAAGAGUUUUCCAGUGGUUAUCUGAUUGGUGAGCUCCUGCGGAAGUAUGAACUACAGGAAGACUUUGGGAAAUUCUCGAACAGCAGCUCCACGAAUGCAAAGCUCUCUAAUUUCACGAAGUUGGAGCCUACUCUGCGCCUCCUGGAGAUCCCGUUUGACACUGUCAGAGCUAAGGAGAUAAUGACCGAGAAACAGGGGGUUGCAAUUAAGAUUCUGUACGAGCUGUUUGUGGCGCUGGAGAACAAGCGCAAGUCACAACUGACAGGCACUGCAAUGGAGACUAUGCGACCGAAGGCGCCCAAGGUCAAAGAGGAGAUGAACAGAGAAUACUACCAGAAUAGGCUGAAGCAGAUCAACCCGCGCCAGAGUGAGAUGCAGCUGGACCAGUUGAUUGACAGGUGGCGACAGCACAGAGAGAGGCUGGAAGAGAGUGAUCUGAGGAGUCGGAUGGAGGAGGAGGAGCGACUGAGGCAGGAGCAGCAGAGGAAGCGACACCAGGCACAUCAGAGGUCCAAGAAGCGCCAACAGGAGUUAAAUGACCAAGUGGCCCGUAUUCUGGCUGCUAAAGUUCACAUCCCCAAACCCCCCGCGGACAAAACUCUGGCGGGCAUCAAGGCCAGACAGCAGAAGAUACGCAACCAGGAGACACAGAACACACAGAAGAGUCUGGUGGAGUUCGAGGCCAGACUUAAGGCGAUGCAGCCAGUGACAAGCGAGGGCGGCGACAACAAAAAACUGGACGAUGAGUUGCUGGCUUACAUCAAAGAGGAAGCGAUGAACCCGAACCGAGCCAGACCCACCGAGGACCCAGAGUACAUCAAGCCCAGAUCCAACGGCAAGUACAUCCGGAAGAUCCAGCAGAGAACGAGGGAAGAUGAGGAGGCGAAAGUGGAGCGGGAGAAGAGGAGGCGGAAGGUGCUGGUGGACCAGCUGAAGGCUCACGAGGCACAGGAGGACGCGCGGAGGGAGGAGGAGAUUGUGAACAGACUGAUGCGCCAGAGCCAGGUGGAGAGACGGAUAGUGGUCCAGUUACUCCAGACCAGACAAGAAAAGGCAGUCAUCCUCGAGAACCGGAAGUUGAGGGAGCAGCAGUACCAGGAGAGACGCAGGAAGGAGUUCGAAGACGCCCUCAAUGUCGAAGCGGAGAUGGCGAAGCUGGCACGUGAGAGAUACGCGAGUGAGCUGGACGAGGCGAAGCGGGAGCACAAGAGGAUCAUGGACGAGAGGAGGCGACAGCAGUACGAGAAGCACUACACCAUCUGCCACAAAGUCACUCUGGAUAUUGUGGACUACGCAUGCAAGUUCGGAGAGUACAGAGAACUCACAGGGGGUCUGGUGCCGCACAAGCUGUUCCGAGAAUGGACUGCUAUGUUCCUCAAUGAAGUUGCCAUAUACCCCGACAUAGAGGAGAAAAAUAAGGAAGAGACGGUCGAAGACUGGCUGGAAAAGGAGCGUGAACAGCUGCUGAACGAGGGAGAUUUCACCGAGUACAAGCUUAUGUACGGCGAGUGGGCGCUUCCGGACCAAACGAGUCUGGCCAAACCGAAAGACAACAAAGUGUUGGGCUACAUUGUGCACAGACUGUUCGAACUCGUCUACCCUCCCCCUCUGCCCCCUCCCGCCCCAGUGUUCCAGGAGUUCCCGAUCAAAAUUGGGAUUGUCGGCAAGGCGUUCUCUGGCAAGAGCACAAUCAUACAGUCUAUGUGCCAACGCUAUGGCUUCGCACACAUUCUCGUGAGUCGUCUGGUUGUGGAAAGUGUGGAGGCAUACAAAUUGGGGGAAGUUGAGACACUUCCCACCCCUCCCCCCACUGUGGAACAAUUGAGGGGACUACUGGAGACAGAGGAGAUGCAAAAGAAAGAUCCUCUGGAGAUACAAGCAGGCGGUGAUUUGAACCUGCAAGACCUGCCAGGUGGGGGCACCUCAGUCCAGACCUCAGGAGGAGGAGGGGGAGAUGGAGCGAGUACCAGUCUGAUCAGCUGGCAGGCGAAGAAGCCGCAGUUGUCCCGCAGAGCAGCCUGUGGAAAGAGGAUCUUCGAUGAGUUGUGCAAGGGCAGAAAUGUGCCCGAUGACGUCAUCGCUGAACUAGUGGUCGAUGCUGUGAGACAAGUUCCGGAGGGUCAAGGGUGGGUGCUGGAUGACUUCCCUCUCAAUCUGGAACAGGCGCAACAUUUCGAGAAGUUCCUCACCGGAUUCGAGGACAAGGCAAACCCAGUCGAGGAGGAGAAAUCAACGAAGAAGCCGCGUAAGCCGGAGCUAGUGAACAACCCCAACCCCCCUCCAGAGGCGGCUGCUCCCGAGAGUGGGAUAGACCUGCUGCUGCUGCUGGACAUCACAGACGAUGAGGCGCUGAAGAGGAGCGAGGGCAGGACUGUGGCCCCUGUGAAGAGCAUAGAGUACCACCAGGAGUACAAACCCCCUCCGGACGGGGCGGCGACUGGACUGUCUGGACAGGAGAAAGUGGAGGCUGUCAAGGACGACAACUACGAUAGAGAACAGAUUCAGAAGAGACUGGUGGGGUUCGAGGACAGCUGGGCGCAGAUUGAGUCCUGGUACCACAAGUUCAACGUCGUCUACAGUGUGGACGGGAACAAGGAGCGGGAGGAGGUGUUCUACGAUGUGGACAGACUGGUCCAGGAAAUAUUCCGAAAGCCACGAUUAUUCCGAAGAUCGCAGAAAAUUGACCUGAAGAAACACCCUCCCCCGCCCACUCCCCCUCCCCAGCCGGAGUCAGAGUUAGGGGGUGGUGGGUCUGGUGCAAAUCUGGACGGUGCAGAUGGUCAGUUACCUGAGGGGGGCAAUGAGACUGUAAUCGUGGACACAAUUGCACCUGAGCCAACGGAAGCGCAACCUAGCACUCCCGCUGGAUCUGACAAAGACACCGCAGCCGAACCGGACAGCAAGAAGGCCAGCCGGAAGGGCAAGAAGUCCCCCCGUGGAUCUGCCUCCCCCAAAGGACGGGGAGCGUCUCAGAAGACGGGCAAAGGGGGCAAGGGCGGAGACAGAGAGGGAAGUGUGGGGAGUGAGGGGGGCAAGAGCAGAGGGGGAAGUCCCAAGUCCAAACGAGGCAGGAAAACAGGCGUUUCGUCUAAAAUGGCAGUAAUCCUUCAAGAUCCAGACUCAGCAGCUGUUCCUCCGCCGGCCGCGCCUGGCACUUCAAUGUCCACAAAUGCCCCAAACAAAACUGGAGCUAAAGCCCUGCAGCAAUCUUUGGGCAAAACAACCCUUGCAAAGGCGGGUUUAAACACCGCCUCUCAAGCAGGCGGACCUGCUAAUCCGACAAAUGCGGCGGCUUUAGCAGCUGCGGCUAAUAGUGUUUCUAGCCGAGCUGCCAGUCAAGUAACAGCUGGGGGCGGGGCUAAUGCACCGGGUGGAACAAAUAAUGCACCCCCUAAUGCGGGUGCUACGGGGGGUAUGGGGGGACUUGGAGAUAAAUCGACUGUGGCUUCUACAGGGCAAACUACUUCGAGUAACAAUACGAUGGGCAAAAAAGGUUCUGACUCCAAGCGGUCUGCGUCUGGCAAGGGCAAAGGCAAGGGUACUAAACGGAGUCCCAGUCCAGCAGAAGUGCCAGUGCCUCAACCAGCACCACCAGCAGGGGACGGGGAGACAGCAGGAGCCCCGGAACCUCCUCCGCCCGCACAGCCUGGGGAUGAUGACUGGGAAUGCGUCAAGGAACCUGUGGACUUGGAGGUUGCAGAGAUCCUCGCUCCUCAAUGGGAGUUCAUCGAAGACACUUAUGUCAAGGGACUCCAAGUCACUUUCAAGAACAUCCGAGAGUCCCGCGAACUCAGCAUCCUCUACUUGCACCAAGUUCGGGAGGACUUCAAGACAUACUUGAUGCGACCGGAUGAGAAACAAGCUCAUGUAUCUCAGCUCCAGGAGGAGUUCAACUUGGUUCCCGACGAUGUCCGAAACGACGAAGAGAUCAAAUCGGAGUGGCAUACUAAAGUAUUCGCUCUUCAGGAGCUCCUAUGGGACAUUUCGGAUAAGAGAAAACAAAGCGCGGAAGCGGAGCGGAAGAUGAUCAUGAGCGACGGGUGGCUUCCUGAUCGUCUAGGAGUCCUGACUAAUGAUUACAUAACUCUGAUGCAGAUUGAACUUGAUAAGUUCUAUGACACUCUGAAGGUGUUGAAGGACUACUACAAGAGUAUGGACGGGAGCAAGGUGCCAACUGAGGGCGAAGAGGGAGGCGGCGCUAAUGCUAGACUACCGCUGCUUGAGAUCCAAGCCCAAGAUGCCACCCAAACAAACAAUCUGAGCAGUAGCAACAGCAAAACUGCUUCGGCCAAGAAAAGCCAGGGAUCCGAAAGAGUCAAAUCAGCCAAACACGAGGACAACGCGGAGGACGGAGAGAAGCCAAAGAUCCCGCUGGUUCCGAGACGUCCCGCCUCCGCCGACUUCGCCCCUCAGGGCAUCACCCAGCCGAAGAAAGAGGCGAAGAAGGCGGGAGGGGCAGACUUGAGCAAGAAGAAGGGCGGGGCUGGGGGAGCGGCGGGGGCAGGGGGAGACAUGCACGCCGAGACACCUGUGCCCCCCAAUGAUGAAGAUGAGAAGAUUCUGUAUGAUGCGGCUAACUAUGUGUUCCAACAUCUUCAGGCACUGAUGGCGGCUGAACAGGCGGCCAAAGAGGCGGAGGAGGAGGCGGAGCGACUGGCCAUGUUGGAGCGGGAGAAAGAGAAGGAGAAACAGGCCAAGGCCAAGGAGAAAGGGGGCAAAAAAGGGGGCAAGGGUUCUGCGGGACCUAAGAAAGGCGGCGCCCCUAAUGUGGGCAAGGACUCAGCGAUUCCCGGUGGGGGCGGGAGUCGGGAGGGGGGAGUGGACGGGGGUGCUGCCUCCCCCACUCAGGAUGAGAUCAUGGCGGAGGAGAUGGCGAAGAAGGCCGUGAAGGACAAGAUCAGACAGGAGUACAUUGGGGCACUCACUAUGGAGGAGCAAGCACUGCGUGUGCGGGUGGAGCUGAUUAAGAUGAAGGCGAUGACAGUCAUCCAGGAUGUGAAGGCCAAGGCAGAAGACGCCUACUGUCACAUGGACGAGUGGCUGGGGGGCAGAUUCAGACAGGAAAUGGCCGCCAUAGACAGAGUGUGCGAGGCUAUGGAAUACUGCAUUGAAGAGGGACUGAGGAUGCAGGAGGAACUGAUUCUGGAACAGGAGCAGUUCCACUUCCACGAGGACCGUAUCGCGUUCAGAGAUGACAGCCCCCAGCCUAGGCCAGACCCGGAGGAGAUAGGGGACUCAGUGCACUUCACAGUGGGACAACUGAAGUCCCUCCUCAACCAGUUCGCCCUCUCCGCCCCCUCGGGACAGAUUUCGGCCAAGGGCUUCAUCGACAUCAUGAGCGACCUGGAUGCACUCACCCAAGGCCAAGAGACUCUGCCAGACGUGUGGGUGAGUCUAUCCAAUGACAAACUGACAGAGAUAGCGAACAAUGUCACCCCCAACACAGAAUACGUGGACUGGAGGAAGUUCCUGCUGGCUCUUAGUAAACCCUGGAUCCACCCAACCCAGACACAGCUGCUGGAGUUGCUCACUGCUUACAAGAGUGAAGACGAGGGCGCUACUGGGUUCAUUGACAGAGACACUUAUGACCGAGUGCCUUUGUGGUUCAAAGACGACAGCCGUGCCCCCACUCCUGAAGAUCCAGAGGAACCCUUCCCCUUCGCUCGUUGUGCCGCCCUGAAAGCCUUCUUCUUCGCACUCUUCGGCGAAGCAGACGAAGAAACCCCAGCAGAAGAAGCCGGCAACAAUGACCCGGUAGCACUGGACUACGUACGGAUGUUGCUGUAUUUCAGCUCGGAUCCAGAACCUGUCGAGGGGUUCCUUAGAGCGUUGAGUGUUUCGGCGCAGACUCACAUUCCACGACUGACCGAACCACCUGACGCCAAAACGCCUAAAACAGCAAAUAUAGUUACUCAGAGGUCGGAAGUGUCUGUAACGUCUGAAUUACCUCCCGCAAACGAGGUUGUCAUGAUGGAAUCGGGACUCAGCAUCGCACAGAGCGGUGCCGGCGCUUCCGAGACCGGUCAAGGCGACUCUGCAGCGCAUCAGCCGAACACUGCAACACUAGUCGUGCCUCCGAUUGAUAUUCCCGACUCGGCUAUUGACGCCGAAGUUGGCCUCGAGUCGUUUCUUCUCGUGUUGCAGCAUGGCCAGACGACUCAAGGCGAUUCCAAUCGGUUCGCGGCUGGCGCUGACGCGGAAGAGGAGGAUCUGAUUUCGGUGAAGAAGUUGGAGGAGAUUUGGGCCGAGUUGGGGGGAGGAGGGGGAGGGGUUGAACAGAUGGGGGGACCUGUGAAGUUCACUGCACUCUCUCAACAUCCUCACAUUCAGGACAUCAUUGCGGCAUGCUACACCUACAAGUUCCCAGACCUGUCUGUGGCGACAUCAGUAGACGAAUGAAAACUCAAGCGACGAGCGAAUCACAUCUAGAACGUCUAGAAUAAAAAACAUUAUCGCAUUCAGUUGAACACUUUGUUAAUGUAGACAUAUCAAAUCCAUAUCAGAUGUUUAUUUUAGAAUAUCUCUAUUAUAAAUUCAAGUAUCAAAUAUA